UGCAUACAUCUUUGUUUACUUUAUCGAUGUUUAGGCGGGGCCGUUCAGUCAGCAGCAGACGACACUCGCACAGAAAGAGAUUUGCCACAUACCGGAUCAGCAACGUGGUGACGGAUUAUAAGCUGGUGAUGUUCAAAUGAUUGCUCAUGCUACUGAAUUCCUCAGUUACGUCCAUGAGAAACCUGACGUCCAGACGCCACUAACUAGCCAAACGAGCCUGGUCAACCACUAAACCUGAGUAAUACACACAGCGCGAUUAUGAAUUUAAUUUUGAAUAAUUCGAUAGUGUGAAAUAGAUAUACAAUUCAUCGCUUCGUGUGGACUCGACACCUAGAUCACAUGUGAUUGGACUGGAGUACCAGUUUUGAAUUUUCACGAUUUGUUGGAGAACAACAAUAAUUGUCGGCUAUCAGAAUAAUUUGUUGUCUUAUUUUUGACCGAGCUUUAAAUUGAAGCUAAAACAUUCCAUAAACAAUGGCCGGGUCGGAUGGAUGUGCAUCUUCUGACGUCUCCUCGGGGUCCGAUGGAGAACAUUCCUCCCCAAGAACUGCAUCUUCAUCAUCUCCUGCAUCAACGACUCGCUCUAAGAAACGAGAUAGCGUCUCAUCAGCAGCAGUCAGGCAUCGACAUAGACACAAACUCAGCCACCGGUUUGAGUUUAUUAGAACACUUGGAUGUGGCACUUACGGGAAAGUAAAACUGGCUGUGCAGCUGGACACAAGGGAAGAGGUUGCUGUCAAGUGUAUACCCAAGAGUAAGGUUGACAAUGCAGCUGAUCUACGACGUCUUAGACAUGAGAUUGAAGUCAUGUCCCUAUUGCAACAUCCUCACAUCAUCAAAGUCACAGAAGUCUUUGAGAGCAGAGAGAAGAUAGUGAUGGUGAUGGAACAUGCUAGCGGUGGAGAACUUUACGAUUUCAUCAACGAUUCCAAACUGACUGUACAGCAAACUAAAGAGCUAUUCCAACAGAUUGUAUCUGCUGUACAUUACAUACAUAAGAACAACAUCGUGCACAGAGACUUGAAGUUGGAGAAUAUUUUACUGGAUAGCGACUUUAAAGUCAAGAUUGCUGACUUUGGCCUGUCUAGUAAGUUCGAUCACAGCAGGUUGCUGGACACCUUCUGUGGAAGCCCACUCUACGCAUCGCCAGAGAUCAUCAAUGGAUCCCCUUACCACGGACCAGAGGUUGAUUGCUGGAGUCUGGGUGUGAUUCUAUACGCCAUGGUUUACAGGACAAUGCCAUUCCAUGGAGCUGAUUUCAAUCAACUCAAGAAACAGAUUGCCAAGGGCGACUUUGUUGAGCCUCCAGAGUUAUCAGAUGCAUCUGAUUUGAUUCAUCGCAUGUUGACCGUCGACCCAAAGAAGCGGAUCCCGAUUGAGGGGAUCAUAAACCACCCCUGGGUCAGGGACAGAGGUUCACAUCCACGCAGGAAAAGCCAAGAUGUCGUUCGCCUCAGAAAAACAGAGAUCCUCUCACAAUCUGUGAAGUCAUCAGUGGAAUACACCCAUCCUGUGGUCUCAACCACAUCACAAGAAACAGCUAAGAAGCCACUUGCUAGCAUUCUUAAGAAAACUCAGAGAAGAUCCUCACGUAGUCCUCGUAGAGAGAAUGCAUCUUCUGAAUCUACUUGUCUGCUUGAGGAAAAGAAAGCAACCAGUGGACCAAAGAAAGAGCAGAAUGAAACAACGGAGCCAGUCAAGAAGGGGAUCUUGAAGAGACGGGCUAAGGAUAGUGGUGGAGAUAGUGGAUUAGAGAUCAACGAGUCUGGACAGAAUAAGAGUGGUGGCAGCUUAGAUUCAACCACUGGGGAUCAGGAUAAAGAUGUGAUAUUAAGAGAGAAGAAUAAAAGAGAUUCAGGGAUCGAUCAGGACUUGACUUGCUGCGUUAUCAGUGAAACUUCUUCUACUCAGUAUGAAACAUGUAAACUCAGAGUCAAACCGAGACUCCACUUCAGCAAUAUCAGCAAACGUCACUCACGGGGAAAAUACUCACGAGUCACGCAGGUCUGGGAGUCUAUCUACACCGCUUCUCAGUCACACGAAAUGGCCAUCCAAAUACCCCCGCCACAAAAUGGCACAACCCUGGCAACUCUCAAACAUGAUAACUCAACCUCUAGCAACGAGGACAUUUUAGAAAUCUUAGACUCGCCCGCUCUCCGGACGCCCACAGUCAAGAAACAGUUUCAAUAUCUUGAGGAGGAGACAAAGUCAUUGACGGUGGAUGUUGAACAUUCUUUGAGUGUCGAUGUAGCCGAGGAUGACAGCUAUACAAGGGAUGAACUUGUGAGUGCAAUGGAUGAUGAACUCUUGGAGGUUUAUCAAAAAGCUCUUAAAAUAUCACAGGCUUUCAAGUGAGCAGUGAUAACCUAUUUUUUUAAAUGACAACUUUCCCUUUAAUUAUCUCAAUUCGUGCUGCCGUUAAGAAACACAUUUUGUACUCGGACAUGGUUUUGUAAGACAUUUUCUGGGAAAAUGUACUUUGCAACUCAAAUCUAGAACUAGUUAUCCAAUAAUAUAAUUGUUUUUACCCAGAAAAUUAUUUGGAAAAGAAAUUCAACAACAUCAAAAGAAAGAUGUUGAAAAAUGUUUUUAUUUAUUAAGUAUUUAACACUCCUUCACUGCCCACACUCCAAUAGAAAGAUUGUGGAAUAAAAAUAAGAAAGGAUGAAGCGUAGAAUAAAAUUUUGAAGCUCUAUACAGAGGAGUAAUAUUAGUUUGGAUAAACUGGAAUUGUCUGUAGUUAGACACUAUCUCAACAAUCUGUUUGACAAAUAAAAUCAGGAUUGUAGAAACAUAAAUCAUUCAUUUAAACCAAGGAAAGAGGACAUGAAUAUGUCAGCCAUGAUCAUAAAGCCAUCAAUCUCUCACCCAUUGGGGAAUCAGGUAAACACAGGUAAACACAUAACAACAUUCCUUCUAAUGCUGUGAUUUAAAGAGACAAGGUAUGCACUCAGCACUACACCAAUCUUCUUUCAUAGUCAAAUCUUCCUUCCCUCCAAACCAUGGAUGUGCUUGUACAGCAUUAUAAUUCCAACUCAGUAUUUAACACACCCUCCUAUAUUCCCCACCAAUAUUAUUAAAUUUCAGUAUAAUAAUUUAAACAAUGUCAUAAUUAUUUUCCUUACGUCGUAUAAUAAUCCCCCCCCCCCCAUAUUUAAAUCAGCAGUAAAAUAAUUUAUAAUUAGUCCUCUUUAAUCUAAACUCCUGAUGGUUAAUUGACAUCUGUAGUCAAGGAUGGCAUAAUAAGACAUGAAUGUUCUCUUUAAGGUGAUGUAAGAUUCCAUGGGUCUGACCAUGGCUCUUGGCAGGCUCUAGGUGUGAUGUUGUUGUGAGUUAGGUUUUAACCUUGCAAGGAAUUAUAUGCACAUGUCAUAAAGCCAUCAAUCUAGCAGAUGCGUAGAUAGGGAGUGCAGACAUAUUGGUAGAAAAGACAACCAUCUAUCAUGGGGGGGGGGGAGGUAAACUUCAUGGUACUGCUUACAGUAGAUGGCAAAUUAAUUAUUACUUAACAGCUUGUUCCACUGGUUAGAAAGGACAAUUUAUGUGAUGCAUUAAAGCUAAAUGAAUCCUUUGUUUGAAACACCAUUAUGGAUAAACAAGAUCAACAUAGGCCAACAAUUCAAUUUUGUCAAUUUGUUUAUAUUUUUUUUUGCUGCCAAAAUGUAUCGUAUUCAAUAAUGACAACUUCCUUACUGAUGAGUAACAUCAAGCACUGGGUUAAAAUAAGUAUUGAAAGUAAUUUGUGCCGUAGUACCCUUUUCUCAAAAGACAACUCAACUUUUAACCCCUUUAUAAUCUCAGUUUCAUUCUCUCACAUCUCUCGGUGUUUCUUCUUUCACAACUUUUGAACCAAAAGUGGUAUAAACAUGGGUCUUAAUAGCAUUUAAGCAUAGAUAAUGCUCUUUUCAAAUGAAUAAAAAUGGUCGCAUCCACAAAUGACUCAUUUUGCUUGAGAAAAUCACAUAAUGGUAAACAGUUCAAUAUGGUCAAGAUUGCUACCAACUGUUUUCCGUCACAUUGAAUAGACUUCCAUAGGUUUUUACCAAACGUUGUGUAUGAUAUUUGCAUGUAUGUCAGGUUGAAUGCGAUAGCAUGUAAACAUUAUUAGCACUACAUUGUAGUUCAUUACAUCUCAAUUUAUCCAAAUGAACUCCUUGAUGACAAAACCUCCUGUGCAAUUCUAGUGGAUUAUUUACCCGAUGUCUGAUAUGGAAUUAGUGCAUGGUUGGUGUACCCAAAACAGUCCAGGCAUAUCAAUUUGUUUUCUUUUAAUGGUAGGUGUUUUAUUUUUUAUUAUAGCUUUUAGAUAAGGUAUUGUCAUAUUGUUUACAUAUAAUAAUUAUGUAUAAGUUUUAAUAAUUAUAUAUGUAAACUGUAUCAGUACAAAAUUCUGUAACUUAAGUUAUUUAUUUUUGUUCAAGUUCUGUUUCAUUGGUUAUUACUGAUGGCCCAUAAUUAACUACAUUGCAAUAAUAGACCAAUCAUACACAAUUAGGCACACUGUACAAAUUGAUUAUUGUGGGUAAUUCUUUUUGCCACAGAACAACUAGCUCUCAGUGGUCUCUCUAAAAUUAUUGCAUUAUUUACUAUUUUGAUAUACUAUUUUCUUUUAAUAUUGUGGCUCAAUUAUUAGAAAAUAAAUUAUUAGCUACCAAUUGAAUGCCAAUGCUACAAAUUUUGCAAGUCUUUAAACAACUACAUGUGUACCAUAACGAACAUCUCAGUUUUUUUUCUUCAUAUUUCUUUUUUCACUUUGCAAUUGGUUUAGGACAAAUCUCUUCUUUUUUAUUAGAAGAGAGCAAUGGAAAAUAUAACUUUUCAAGAUUCUUAUGAAAAGCUUUUUCUUAAGUUCCACAAUGUUUUGACAAAAGCUGCAAACAACCUGUGUGUAAUGUUUGGUAUUUAGAGCUCAACUUUUUUAGAUUAGUGCUGAACUAUUUGCUUUAUUUGCAAUAAAACUAGUGUCUCUAAAAGUCUUGUAUAGCACGAUCUUUCCAGAACAUUCUUAAAAAUAACAGCUUUGUGAGUUGCAUGAUCAAAUAUUCCAAACUGUCCACGUCUGGAGUUUGAAAUACGUAAUCCCGAGUUGGAAUAAUAAACUGUGCUUGUUAGAGCCAGUUGGCGUAAAAAUGUUUCAGUUAGUAUCAUGAAGACGUCAUGCUGCCUUGUGACAUUUAAAAAGUAUACAAGUAACCGUUGAUCAUGUGAAGAUAAGACGAGGGUGUGAGGGCAUAAAAAUGUCAUGGACAGUUAAUGAUAUGAAACUAUUUACAUUGCCUCAGCAGACUGUAAUGAAUCAAGGCUAGUGUGUACAUUGCACUGGGUUGGAGGAAAACAAGAUCUGUGGCUCACAACAGCUGUUAUUGAAGCGUGUCGAGUAUACUUAUUUCUGUAACAUUCAAAGACUUCCACAUUUGGGCAAAACUAACAAAACAAAAAAAGUUAUUUAUUUUCUUGCCAUCUGUAUAAAAGGGAAAAUGUUUUAUCGAUCAUGUGGCAUCAGUUAGGCUAUGUGGCACAAUGUUAAAUUGCAUUCCUUGUAUAAAUUAACAUGCAUAUUUCAUAAGUCUGGUUAUAAUUACUCAACUAAAACUGUGGCUGCUUAGUGCACAGCAUACUUUAGUUUUCUGGUUUUGUACGUGUGAACUUUGUCUGACCUCUCGACGUAACAACAACUUGAGGAAAGACAAUCGCAUGACCCGUGUCAUGGAAUACAAAUGAAAAAUGUAAAUUAUGGAAAGUAUUUAUUUUAAAAGAAAUCUUGGUCAAACAUUUUUUAAUCCCUCCAUGUAGCUUAAACAAUCUAGUCUUCAUUUAGAUCCAUUAUAAUAUAAGUACAGUCGCCAUUUAAAAUGUUAUUCUUUUUCUUUUAAAUCUUUGGCUGGUUUCCAAAGAAUUAUACUCGGUAACCAUGUACAUGUAUGUAGCUCUUCACUAUUCAUUUACUUUAUUCCGAUUGGAACUUGAAUAGAAUGUUUCAGUUUUGUGUUAUUUAAAUAACUGAAUAUGCAAGUGUUGUAUUUCUUUGAAUAAAUAAUUCCUAUUUAAUGAGA